GCCCCUCCAGAGCGACAGUGGCUGGUGGAGAAAUGGAGGCACAGUCCUAUUGUGCCAAGCUCUUGGGGGAGCUGAACGAGCAGCGGAAAAGGGACUUUUUCUGUGAUUGCAGCAUCAUUGUGGAAGGGCGCGUCUUCAAGGCCCACAGGAACAUCUUGUUUGCUAACAGUGGCUACUUCCGGGCCCUGCUCCUUCACUACAUUGAGGACAGUGGGCGGCACAGCACUGCCUCCUUGGACAUUGUCACCUCGGACGCCUUCUCCACCAUCUUAGAUUUUCUCUACUCCGGGAAGUUGGACUUGUGUGGCGAGAAUGUGAUUGAAGUUAUGUCAGCUGCCAGCUACCUGCAGAUGAAUGACGUGGUCAACUUCUGCAAGGCGUACAUCAGGUCUUCCCUUGACAUUUGCCGAAAGAUGGAGAAAGAAGCUGCCGUGGCUGCAGCUGUGGCAGCGGCCGCCGCCGCUGCAGCUCAUCAGAUAGACAGUGGAAGUCCAAGUUCAGGACCGGAGGGGACGUCCUGUGGUACCAAGAGCUUUGUCUCCUCCCCAGUAGGGGGAGAAGGGAGUGUGGAGUGUACAAGAGCAUCCCCGUGUGAUGACUGCCAUCCCUUGGAACUGGUGGUCAAAGACAGCCAGAGCUCCGGCGCCUCUGACAGUGACCUUUCUGUUGUGCCCAGGCGGGUUGAACCCAAGGUAGAGUUUGAUGUGGCCAGAGUAGAGGUGGAGGCCAGCGAGCAGCUGCAGCAGUAUGCCGCCCCACUGGCCCAUGCAGAGGACGGCCUGUCCGGUCACCAGGCCUUGGACUUGACUUACAGCAGCUACCAUGUGAAGCAGUUCCUGGAAGCUCUCCUGCGCAGCGGUGCUGUCCAGAGCAAAGAUGACUCGGAUCAUCAGUUUUCUCAUAGUUGGGAGGGGAGACUGGAAGGUGCAGGAGCGGCCAUGAGUUCCGGGAUGGACGUUCAGAAUGACUGGUAUCGAGAGGACUCAGGUGACGUGCUGGUGGUCCCCAUCAAGCUCCACAAGUGUCCUUUCUGCCCUUACACUGCUAAGCAGAAGGGCAUCCUCAAGCGGCAUAUCCGAUCGCAUACUGGGGAGCGGCCUUACCCCUGCGAGACCUGUGGCAAGAGGUUCACACGGCAGGAGCACCUUCGGAGUCAUGCCCUGAGCGUCCACAGAUCCAACCGUCCUAUCAUCUGCAAAGGCUGUCGAAGAACCUUCACCAGUCACCUGUCCCAGGGGCUGCGGCGCUUCGGGUUGUGUGACGGCUGUACGUGUGUCACAGACGCCCACGAUGAAGAUGACGAUUUGAUGCCCGUCAACCUUAGCCUGGGGGAGGCUUCUUCCGAAAGCCACGGGAAAAGUGACGCGGACGACUGGCCCAUCUAUGUGGAGUCUGGUGAAGAGAAUGACCCAGCUGUGGACGAGUCCGACGACCAGCCGCACCGUCGGCCCAGCUUACCAGACCGAGAGACACUUACGUGAAUCAGUCGUUGGGAAAGUGGUUUUAGGUGUUGCUGCUUGUUCUACAGUAAAAGCGACCGUCUGUUUAAUUUUGUGGAACUUAGGGGCUGUUUCCCCCUCCGUCUUUUUAGACUGCAUAGCCGAGUCUGGGUGUCGUGACUCAGAAGACUGAUGGAUGAGUUUUUAGCAUGGAUUCUGCCGGUUCUGUGGGCCUCACCUUGGUUCCGAAUGAAUCAAGGUUGGUCCCGAGCCUUCCUAAUUUCCUUUUUGAGAAGCCAACUCUGGGUGGGAGGAAAAUAAGAAAAUCCUCCCUGCUUACCACUCUUUCAACCUUCUGCAUUCUCUUAUCGUUACCGUUUUCUGAAAAGGUGGCAAAAUGUGCUGGCUGGGUACCAGUCUUUCCCUGCCAAGCUUUUCAUAACAAGUUCCACAGUUUAAUUUUCUGGCGAAUUUGAAGGGAACCUGCUUUGAUAAGAAGCAGGAAGGGCUGGGUCCAUGGUCAUAAAGGUCCUCCCUAAAUUGCAGUCUGCACUCCUGAAGGUUGGGAGCUGUGUGCAGACAAACUCUGCAAGUUUGUAGCAAGUUCAUUAGGGCUCCCAGGCUUGCCCAGCUGGAUGAAGUUAAAUUAACAAGCCCCCCACCCCCACCCCCAAAGAGCCUGUGAGCCAGGCUGGUAGGCUAUUUGACAAUUGCAUACACACAAAUACCCUAUUCUGAGAUCAUAAAAACAAAAGUUGUUCGGGCAAAAUGCAAAAUGUUCCCCUGCUUUCCGUAGUCAUUUCCGUGCAGCGACUCGGUGCACCUGGAGAUGGCUG